AUUAUGGAACUUGGAAACGGUCUUCUAUGGCGAUAUAAUGUGAGAUGGACUUUAUGAUCUGAGCACCAAAUUUCUUGGAAUUCUGUUGGCUGUUUAAUGGUCUUGUAGCGGACUGUUAUCCUUCUUCAUUUAUCUUUUUCCAGAUGUUCUCUUGCAGUUCUUGGAAAGGUUCUUCCUUUAAUAGCAAAGUAGAGAUACAAUUUGCGGGGCAAGUAGUUCCUAUGGCGCAUCUGCUUUCAGUAUCUUGUUUUUCAAAUAUCUCCUCUGGCAGCAGAUCAUAUAGUAAACCGUUGAACCAAUGGUCAAUUUCAUCCCAUGCAUCUGUUAGUUUGCCAAUUUCUAGCUCACCCUUUAAAAAGCUUGCUCUGUGGGCAAAUAGAUCCAAAAGAUGCAGUACUAUCUAUGCAGCAGCUGUUUCAGUGGGUCAAGAAGCUAGGGUGCAGCCUGGAUCUGGGUCCGACCAGGCAUCCGACGGAGCCUCUGUUCCUAAAAAGGUCAUGGUAAUUGGUGGUGAUGGUUAUUGUGGUUGGGCUACUUCCCUGCACCUGUCUAACAAGAACUAUGAGGUUGCCAUUGUUGACAGCCUCGUCCGCCGCCUUUUUGACCACCAGCUAGGUCUAGACUCUCUCACUCCUAUCUCAUCUAUCCACAACCGUAUCCGACGUUGGAAAUCUCUCACCGGUAAAGACAUCCAACUCUAUGUUGGUGAUAUAUGUGAUUUUGAGUUCUUGUCGGAGGCUUUCAAAUCAUUUGAGCCUGAUGCCGUAGUCCACUUUGGAGAACAGAGGUCCGCACCAUACUCCAUGAUUGAUCGGUCGAGAGCUGUUUUUACCCAGCAUAAUAAUGUGAUAGGUACACUUAAUGUUCUGUUCGCCAUAAAAGAGUUUGGAGAGGAUUGUCACCUGGUGAAACUUGGUACCAUGGGAGAAUAUGGAACUCCGAAUAUAGACAUUGAGGAGGGUUACAUAACAAUUACACACAACGGCCGGACGGAUACCUUACCUUAUCCCAAGCAAGCAAGCUCUUUCUACCAUCUGAGCAAAGUCCAUGACUCCCACAAUAUUGCGUUCACCUGCAAGGCUUGGGGAAUCAGAGCAACAGAUCUAAACCAGGGAGUGGUCUAUGGCGUGAGAACUGAUGAGACAGCAAUGCAUGAGGAGCUCUAUAAUAGACUUGAUUAUGAUGGCGUAUUUGGAACCGCAUUGAACCGGUUCUGUGUACAGGCCGCGAUUGGUCACCCACUUACUGUCUAUGGCAAAGGAGGGCAGACCAGGGGAUAUCUUGACAUCAGAGACACAGUUCAAUGUGUCGAACUUGCUAUAGCCAAUCCAGCACAGAGGGGAGAAUUCCGUGUCUUUAACCAAUUCACAGAGCAGUUCUCAGUCAAUGAACUUGCUGCUCUUGUUACAAAGGCAGGUGCAAAACUCGGGCUUGAGGUGCAAACCAUUUCAGUACCCAACCCUAGGGUGGAGGCGGAGGAGCAUUAUUACAAUGCGAAGCAUACAAAACUCGUGGAGUUGGGGCUCAAACCUCACCUACUUUCAGACUCUCUUCUUGACUCGUUGCUCAAUUUUGCUGUCCAAUACAAGGACCGUAUCGACUCAAAACAGAUAAUGCCCAGUGUUUCUUGGAGAAAAAUUGGAGUCAAGCCCAAGACUGUUGCCGCAUAGAAUGAGUAUAGAGUCUAGUCUGUGUUAAGUAAGUAGUUAACAAGUUUUUUGUUUGUAUUUUGUCAGAGGUAGGAGACUCUAGCUUUCUCAACCUUUUGCUUGUUCGGAGGAUGUGAUGUAUCUUUAACUUGAAAUGCAACUUAUGAGGUAGAAGCCCAUUUUGAUGUGAUCCAUAGCAUAUAUUUCUAAUA